CAAUAUAACACCUAUGGAGGCAGGUCACAUGCUGUAGUUGUCAUAGUGAUGGGGAGUUAGUUACUAGAGCGAGGUACAAGUCCCAGUAGAGCUCUGGCUCUGUGUACCUGGGGAGGGGUUGGUGCAUUCAGUCCAGUUAAAGUCCCAGAACCUUCAGAGAAUAUCUCACGCCAACUGCCAUGCCUAGGAAGAGUGACGUGGCGGCGAAGAUUGAGGAUGUUGGAAUCGAGAUCGAUGGGGACGUGAGUGACAGUGAGGCUAUUGUGUGUGUGUGUUCUCGCGCAUACAUUUUUGUGUGUGUGUGUGUGUGUGUGUAUAUAUAUAUAUAUACAGAUGACACCAGUCGAAGGAGAGGGAACAGAAGACCAGCAGCUGGCAGAGGAGGAGCCCGCGGCAGGGGCAAAAAGCCAGCCGAUGAGGAUGAUGAGGACGAGGAGGAAGAGGAGGCCCCCAGAAACCGCAGAGGAGCCAAUAAGAAGAAGGCUGCUAAGUCACAUGACACCGACGAUGAAAGUGAGGAUGACACCCCCAAGAGAAGACAAGGAAGAGCAGCAAAUAAAGGAGCAGCAAACAAAAAGAAAGGAGGAAAGGCCCAGGACAAUGACGAGGACAGCGAGGAGGAGAAGGGGAACAAGAGAAACAAGAAGGGAGCCACGGGAAAGAAGGGGAAAGAAGAGGAGACCAAAGAUAAGAAAGGAGACGCCAAAGGGAAGGGCAAAGGAAAGGAGAAGGAAGACGAGAAGGACAAGAAGAAGAAGAAGAAGAAGAAAGAGAGCAGCUCAGACACAGACUCUAACACAGACUCAGAGGAAGAGUCCAUGUCAGAGGGAGAGAUGGAACGACUGAAGGAGGAGGUGGAGGAGAAGAAGAAGGUCAUAGCUAUUAUGAGGAACAAGCCCUGGCGAAUGAAGAGGAGGCUGGUACAUCUGAAAGAAUGUCAAGAAUUUGUGGAUAAAUUUGAAGGGGCUCUGGGAAAAGGAAAAGGCAGGAAGUUUUAUGCCUAUAAAGUCAUGAUGACGAAGAAAUGGAUCAAAUUCCAAAGAGAUUUUGAAAAUUUCAAAACGACUUGCAUACCAUGGGAACGAAAGAUAAAAGAGGUUGAAAGUCACUUUGGGUCCUCAGUUGCUUCCUACUUCAUCUUCCUGCGCUGGAUGUAUGGCAUGAACAUGGUCCUCUUUGGCUUAACCUUCGGACUGGUUGUGAUCCCAGAGGUUCUGAUGGGACUUCCGUAUGGAUCCAUUCCCAGAAAGACAGUGCCCAGAGCUGAGCAGCCCACUGCUCAAGACUACUCUGUCCUCAUGGACUUCAACGGGUAUUGCAAAUACUCAGUCCUCUUCUAUGGUUACUACAACAACCAGAGGACCAUUGGGCUGCUGAAGUUCCGCCUCCCGCUGUCUUACCUCAUGGUAGGAGUGGGGACUUUUGGCUACAGCCUGAUGGUGGUGAUACGAACAAUGGCUAAGAAUGCUGACGUGGGGGGAGGGGAUGGAGAUGAUGGGGAGUUCACCUUUGCCUGGAAGAUGUUCACCAGCUGGGAUUACCUCAUCGGCAACGCCGAGACGGCUGACAACAAGUACGCCUCCAUCACCACCAGCUUCAAGGAGUCCAUCGUGGAUGAGCAGGAGAACCAAAAGGAUGAGAACAUCCACCUGAGGAGGUUCCUGCGUGUGCUGGCCAACUUCAUGAUCAUCUGCUGCCUGGGAGGAAGUGGCUACCUCAUCUUCUUUGUGGUGAAGAGGUCCCAGGAAUUUGCCAACAGGGACGACCUGAGCUGGUACGAGAAAAACGAGUUGGAGCUCAUCAUGUCCCUGUUGGGCCUGGUGUGUCCUCCCCUGUUUGAGACCAUCGCUGAGCUGGAGGAGUACCACCCCCGGAUCGCCCUCAAAUGGCAGCUGGGGCGCAUCUUUGCCCUCUUUCUGGGAAACCUCUACACUUUCCUGUUUGCCCUGUUCGAUGAGGUCAACAACAAGCUUGAGGAGGAGGUGUCCAUUAGGAAUGCGUCCAUCUGGGCCCAGAAGGAAUACUACGCUAACUUCACCCUCUACAACAAUGACACGGACACCACCCCGCCCCCCAUGGACCCCUCUGAUGUCAUCAGGGGGCCAUGCUGGGAGACCGCCGUCGGCAUAGAGUUUGUGAAGCUGACCGUGUCAGACAUCCAGGUGACCUACCUGACCAUCCUGAUUGGUGACUUUGCGCGGGCUGUCAUUGUCAGGUUCCUCAACUACUGCUGGUGCUGGGACCUCGAAGCCACAUAUCCAUCGUAUGGAGAGUUUGACAUCAGUGGCAACGUUCUUGGUCUGGUCUUCAACCAAGGAAUGAUCUGGAUGGGUGCAUUCUAUGCUCCAGGGCUGGUGGGGAUAAACGUCCUGCGUCUCCUCUCCUCCAUGUACUACCAGUGCUGGGCCGUAAUGGCCACUAACGUGCCCCAUGAGAGGGUCUUCAAAGCCUCCAAAUCCAACAACUUCUACAUGGGCCUCCUCCUUCUCAUCCUCUUUCUCAGUCUACUGCCUGUGGUCUACACCAUCAUGACUUUGCCACCCUCCUUUGACUGUGGGCCAUUCAGUGGGAAGGCCAAGAUGUUUGAUGUCAUCAUGGAGACGAUAGACCUGGACCUGCCUGCCUUUCUGGGAACACUGAUGGGCUACGCAGCCAAUCCUGGCCUCAUUAUACCAGCUGUGCUACUGAUGGUACUGGCUAUCUACUAUCUGAACUCGGUAUCUGAGGCGUACCAACAUGCCAACGCGGAGCUGAAGAAGAAGAUGCAGAUGGCAAGAGAUGAGGAGAAGAACAGGAGGAACAACACUGAAAGCACAGACCAGGUCAUGAAGGACCUGGAGGACCUGCUCCCCAACCGCUCUCUCUUGCCCCCAGCUCCCCCACCAGAGACAGGUGGAGACAAUAAAGCAGAACAAGGUGGAAAGUCUACAAAGGUGAGGCCAGGAACUGCAGGCAAGGAUGUGAACCUGCAGAAAGACGUGUCCCUGUCAUCACCAAAUCCCAACGCUCGAGGCGCAGUGACCCGCCCACCGGGUCCCCGGGGGCCUGGACCUCUGCCUGGAAAUGGUCAGCAGGGGCCAGGAGGGGGACCAGGGCGGGGACGGGGGAGAGGACAGCCACCUCCAAGACGCUAGCACCCAGAAGAAAAAUAAAAGUCAAGAUUUUUUAUAAAUCUAACAAUUGUUUAACUAAAUAAUUUGCAAAUGUAUUGAAUUGUACAAGAAAGUGUUGGAUUUGAGCUACUAAUUGCUUAAGAACAAAUUCACGUUUUGGAUUAGGUUGGGGACUGUACACUGAGUGUACAAAACAUGAAGGACACUUGCUCUUUCCAUGACAUAGACUGACCA